CUGAGCUUAUAAAUGACAAGGUGACAGGCUGCCCCAUCCUACAUUCAUUGACUGCCGCUGUGUGCGAGAACAGAUAAUCCCGGACCCUCCGAAAGCCGUAACAGACCGCUCCCAGCCAUGUAUGCCUGCGCCAAGUUUGUCACUUCUCCUGCUGUGCUGCGUGGGGGGUCCAGAGUCCUCGCCCGGCCAGUCUCAGUUUCCCUCUUCAACAGACCUGAAGCCACAGUGGAGCAGCAGGCUCUGUUGCCAGUCAGCCAGUCCGCAGUCCUGACCCGCUCCUUCCAGACCAGCGCUGUGUCCCGGGACAUCGACACUGCCGCCAAGUUUAUUGGUGCUGGUGCUGCCACAGUGGGUGUGGCCGGCUCAGGGGCUGGAAUCGGAACAGUGUUCGGCAGCCUUAUCAUUGGCUAUGCCAGGAACCCCUCCCUGAAGCAGCAGCUCUUCUCCUACGCCAUCCUAGGUUUUGCUCUGUCUGAGGCUAUGGGUCUCUUCUGUCUGAUGGUGGCAUUCCUCAUCCUCUUCGCCAUGUAAACCUGGAAACGCCCACAGCUCUGCUCCCUUCACUUACCCCUUCUUUCCUGUCUCCCUCCUUUACAUCCGGAGGGGGUUUUCCAGAACAGGAACUCUGAAUGAGCCGAAAGUCCAUUCUAAUCGGAAAAAUAUAAAUGGAAAUAAUAUUUACAUCUGAGGUUUACAAACCUCCAAUCCUACAUUUUUAUGUUCCUGCGCUUAUUUUUGUUUUUCAAAAGUUUAAGUGUAAGACCUCACUUCGGUUAAAAUCUGUCCAAAAUAAAUGGUUGGGAUAACUAAAA